AAUAAAUAAAAAGUACUCUUUCACACUCUUUGAAACAGAGUACUUUGCGCCAUUUUUCCUCUUUCCUAUUUUAUGGUACAAAAAAGCAGCUUGAUAUCAGCCAUGAAGAUACCUCCAAACACUCCUCAAAGUUUGCCACGCGCCGCAGCUAACGCUACCCCAUUGUCACCACUGGCAUUUUCUCCGGCCAAUGAAAAAUGUCAAGUUUCGGGUAGUGGGUCAAGAAAAAGACCUGCACCACACUCAUUUGACCCGACCCAUGUUCAUCAUCAAGGUUCUUCACACAAACACAGACCAUCUGGUAACGCCCCUGCUGUUGUUCAAGAUCGCGUGGCAUCAUUAAAACCAUCUAUCCGACAGUCUGAAGCAUCGACCAAAGCUAAAGGAUGUCGGACUAGUGCUGUGGCGGAAAGUCAGUUAGGCCAAACCAAUACUUCACCAGCUAUGCAGCUAGAGUCAAGAAUACUAAAAGAAGUGAAGGCAGAAAUUGAAGAUGUUGCACCUGAUAUUAUUCAAGGUGGUAUCGGUGAAGCUCUUCUUCCUCCUCCUCCUUGUACUACUGUCGUUCAAGGGAUAAAUCUAAGCAAGCAGCCAACUUGCAUCAUAGAUGUCAAUUUCCUUCAACGAGUGGCGGUUGCUUUUGAAGAAGUAAAAUCAAAUCAAGAAGAAAGCACAAAAACGGCGAAACAAUCACUUACCAUGAAUCCGAGUCUUGAGCCAACUUUUCUAGCCAUCCGCGAAAAACACGGAGACAUUACAAAGGAUUGUCCUAUGGAGUCAGGCGACAUGCUUACCUCUGUUCUAGAAGUCAUAUGUAAGGCUGUCCAAGAACUCCAAAAGAAACGUUUGACUGAAGUUGAUCGUAAUCUCUUGGACUCCUAUUACUUAGUAGUCAAGGAUGCUGAGAAAAUGAAGGUGAAUGUCAACUGGUUAAGAAUUCGGCUUGAUGAGAUUAGAGAUGCAAUAAAUUGUAUUGUUGAGACAAAAAAGAUCAAUGAUGAGAUGAAUAGGCUUGCGGAACAGAAUGAAAAUGACAAGAAGAAUCUUGAAUCAAUGAAAGUUGAAUUGGAGAAACUCAAGUCUGAAAUUGGGAGAAGGGAAAGUAAGCUUAACAUGGAAACGCUGGUGACUGAAGAGCUGAGCAAUAUGAUUAAUAAACGGGCACUCAGAAUUCAGCAUUUCCAAAACAUGCCGUUGAUGGAAGCAUUUCCAUAGUUCUACUGUGUCGACAUCUUUUGUUUACCCUUAGUCCAUACUGAUGUUUUAGGACCGAUUUCCUCUGCUUAUUGUUACUUACCCACAGUGUCAUUUGAUCUGGCACAAGCUGAGGAUGAAUUUUACUCUUAGUUAUGGUUCAGAUACCUCAUCGGAUCUAACUCUCACAUCUCAGUAGUUGGUGGGAGCUUUUUUGUACCGGAUAUUAUAAAAUGUUCAAGGGGGGAAUAUAAGCAUUUUGCUGCCACAUGUUUGCA